CAGAUAAGGGGACAAAGUAAGGCUGAGUCUAAAGUAUUUUACAGAUUCACUAGAAGGGGAAAUAAAAACGAAUGAGGUGGAAUUUAAUAGGAACAAAUUGUAAUUUACAUUUCAAAGAAUAAAAAAAAACUAAAGAUUGUGAUAGAUCAGGGAAAUGAAUACCAACAACUACAUGGAUGAAACACAGAUUUGGGGACUUGGAUUGAACAAAGCCAGGGUCAUCUGCAAGUGUGCUGGGUGCCAGGAUAAUGAGUGCUUUGGUUGAAAUAAAAACACAGAGGUACAGAGUCUUCAAAAGUGAGGGAGACAGGCUAGUUCCAGUGCAUGGUCACUGUGACCCAGAGACUUGGCACAAGGUGAGGGUCUGAAAGAGGUAGCUGUAGUGAAGCUGGACCUGGCCAUUUCCUCCCAGGAAGAACAGGACAAGGCCAGAGACUAUGAGGCCCAGAAAUCACCUGGAUCCCUGGAUCCCUGUGAAAACACGACCAGCUGGGCACCGGCUGUGAGCUUCCCUAGGGUUGCCCUGCUUAUCAAUCUGCUUAUCACUGCAUCAAAGGCAUUCCCAGCCUGCCCUGCCUCUGUUGCCACAAGUAUCCAGAGGGCUGGCCAGGAGUACCUGUCCCCAGGGACAGAUUGUGUUGACAAGUAGAAUUACCUCAAACGGCACAGGCCCCAAAAGCAGUCAUUUCCUGUGGAACAUGGUGGCCUUCCAAAGAUACAAUGCCUGGGCUCCUGAGCUCUAAAUCCAGUGAACGGUUUCCAGGGAGAAAACGCCUCUCUCCCAGGCCUGGUGCAGGACUGAAGCCGGAAAAAAAACAUUGCCAUCUCCAUGCAAACAACGAUACAGUGGCCACAAGAGGCCUCCUGCCACCAGAUCUGUAGAAGGUCCCUGUUAAAGCGGGAAGCCCACACCUCCUGGUGACUUGUGUUCCAGGUCCCACAGUUGGAACUUGUCCAUAGACUGGACACUCACACCUCAUCCUUCAGUGUCUCCGGAGUUUGUUUGGAAGAGCUGUGUUUCCUUCUCUUGAAGAGCAAGUCCGUGCAUCUCAAAUGGCACAGCGUGCGAGCUCAGGUGAUUGAGUCCCUUCCUCGGUAUGGUAUGAGUGACUGUGCAGGUGUGUGUAAGAAUGAGUGUGUACAUGCCAGUGUAUCUGAUUGUGUGUGUGAGAGAGCACCAUGUUUGUCCUGAGUGUGUUUGUGAGCAAGUGCCUAUGCAUAAACCAUGAGUGUGCCUGUGUGCUCGCAUGAGUGCCCUAGGUUGUGUAUGGGUGGUGAAUGUGAGUACUAGUGAACAUGUGAGUUCAUAGGUGUGUGCCUGUGUAGCUAUGUGCGCCUUUUUGAGUGUGGUUGAAUGUUGAGAGUAGAAGCCCGUGUGUUUGAGUGCGUGGGUGAGGAAGCGCACGCCUUUGUCCUUCCACGGCCCCAUGGUCCCGCACGGUGCCCAAAGAAGCCAGCCUCGAGCUCCCCCAACUAUGACGGGGGUCCUCGCCCUGGGACCCUCUGGGCACGAGGGGGCGCCUCGCUACCGUAGCCGGGACGCGCUGGCCCGGGCGGCCCGGGGGCGGCUCACGGGGCGGUGCCGGACUCUGAGCUGUGGGCUCUGGGGACGCUGCGCUCCGCCCCGAGGAGCUACGGCCGGGCAAACGGAGCAAGCAGCCAGAAGCCCGGGCCGGAGGGGUUUGAGAGGCGUUGGCAGAGAGCUCAUGAGAUGGCACCAGCUGAAAAUGGGCCACUAGGAUGAGCCCCCACUUGGAAAUCGUGAUCACGGGCCCAGUCUUCUGAUCGCAGCCACCCGGCAUAUGGGGCCAUGGCCCGGCUCCCGGGGCACCCGGAGGCCCCCGGCCCGGAGCAUGGCAGUACAGGCCGGGGGAGCCGAGGCGGUCGAGCGGCGCGGGCGCGGCACGUCAUUAUCAACGUCGGGGGUUGCCGGGUGCGGCUGGCCUGGGCCGCGCUGGCCCGCUGUCCCCUGGCACGCCUCGAACGCCUGCGAGCCUGCCGUGGCCACGACGAGCUGCUGCGCGUGUGUGACGACUACGACGUGAGCCGCGACGAGUUCUUCUUCGACCGCAGCCCGUGCGCUUUCCGCGCCAUCGUGGCGCUGCUGCGCGCCGGCAAGCUGAGGCUGCUGCGGGGCCCGUGCGCCCUGGCCUUCCGCGACGAGCUGGCCUACUGGGGCAUCGACGAGGCGCGGCUGGAGCGCUGCUGCCUGCGCCGCCUGCGCCGUCGCGAGGAAGAGGCCGCCGAGGCGUGCGCCGGGCCACCGGGUCGCGGGCCCCAGGGGAGCCCAGUGCGAGCCCUGGGCACCGGGCGGCUGGAACGCGGCCGACGGUGCCUGCGCGAUAUGGUGGAGAACCCGCACUCCGGGCUGGCAGGCAAGCUCUUCGCCUAUGUCUCCGUGGCCUUCGUGGCCGUCACAGCCGUCGGCCUGUGCCUGAGCACCAUGCCUGACAUACGAGCAGAAGAGGAACGGGGCGAGUGCUCCGCAAAGUGCCGCAACUUGUUCGUGCUGGAGACGGUGUGCGUGGCCUGGUUCUCCUUCGAGUUCCUGCUGCGCUCCCUGCAGGCCGAGAGCAAGUGCGCCUUCCUGCGGACUCCGCUUGCCAUCAUCGACAUCCUGGCCAUCCUGCCCUUCUACGUGUCGCUGCUCGCGGGACUGGCGGCAGGGCCCACGGGCAGCAAGAUGCUGGAGCGCGCGGGGCUGGUGCUGCGGCUGCUGCGGGCGCUGCGCGUGCUCUACGUGAUGCGCCUGGCGCGCCACUCGCUGGGACUGCGCUCGCUCGGCCUCACCGUGCGCCGCUGCGCGCGCGAGUUCGGACUGCUGCUGCUCUUCCUCUGCGUGGCCAUGGCGCUCUUCGCGCCGCUCGUGCACCUGGCUGAGCGCGAGCUGGGCGCUCGCCGCGACUUCUCCAGCGUCCCCGCCAGCUACUGGUGGGCCGUCAUCUCCAUGACCACCGUGGGCUAUGGAGACAUGGUGCCGCGCAGCCUGCCGGGCCAGGUGGUGGCGCUGAGCAGCAUCCUCAGCGGCAUCCUCCUCAUGGCCUUCCCUGUCACCUCCAUCUUCCACACCUUCUCGCGCUCCUACUCGGAGCUCAAGGAGCAGCAACAGCGCGCGGCCAGCCCUGAGCCGGUCCUGCGUGAGGACAGCACGCGCGACGACAGCACGCGUUCGGCCAGAGCCACGGAGGACAGCUCGCAGGACCCCGAGAGCGCAGGCGCAGCAGGGAGCUCGCCAGGCCGGGUGGGACCCUCAGCCUAGUGCCCUGCUGAAAGCUUCCGGAGGGUCAAAGCCUUGGAGGACACCAAGCGCCCCGCUGACCCAGGGGUCGCAAACUUGGUCUGGCAUGCCGUUGCAGCCGGCCUGGCACCCCAAGCAGCCCCGAGCUUCGCGUAGCCUGGAUGAUACAGCAGCCUGGUCUUUCUUCCCCCUUUUAUUUUCCCUCCAGUUUUAAAUUUUCUAUGGCUAAUUAAAAAUAAUUGAGUCCCAGAAAGUCCAAGUCUGAAGCAAAUGCCAGCCACCCCAGACUAACUUUCGCCUUCCCUGGCUCCCUGUCUAGGGCAGCCCCAGGGAACAGAGGGUGGCAUCUACCUUGUGACCGCCGGUGGGCAAUAAUACCCCAUGUAAAGGACUUCAACAGGCACCUGACACUACCAGUGUCCACAUCACCUGCCAAGCGUUGGGACAGAGGUUUGCCGGGGCUCUUAGUCCCCGAGUUCUGCCUAACUGCUCUUUGCAAGGGGAGAGGAGACAUCUCAGCGUUGACCUCUGACCUCUGAUCCUCCACACCAGCUCAAUCCUGUGAUAGGGCUGCUCUCGAGGUUUGCAUGGUGGCCUUUUAACCCUUUCCCUGCCCUCCCAGCUGGUCUGUGGGAAGGUUGUCUGUCUCCAGGGGAUGCUUUCUUCUGUUGGGACGUUUCCCUCAGACAUGGCUCAAGUGAAAACCAAACCUUCGGUGAAGGGCCUAUCGGGGUGAGGGGCGGUUCAGGGAGACUCCUGCUGGGACACUGAUAUGCCAAGGAGGCAUGGCCUUUCUCUACUCCAUGAAAGCAAGGGAAAUGGAACUUUCUAAGCCAUGUUGCUUCACCCUGUCCCCACAGACCGGCAGGUGGUGGCCCAUGCCUGUAAUCACAACACUUGGGAAGUAGGGGCAGGGGGAUCAGAUGUUCCGGGAGCCCCAGGCACCCACCCAACACACACAUCCAUACCUAAGAGAUUCACAGACCUCCUCCAUCAGGAGGGAAGGUCCUCUGUCUUCAGGCCAUCAUCAUAGUCUACUGCAUAGUAGCUUUCAGCAAGGUCCCUAUGUGAGCUUAGUACAGGCCCAUUUGGGGCCCUUGUACCACACAGGCUUUGCAAGAAUCUACUGCAACCAAAUAAAAAGUUGCAAGCCCCCUCCUCACAGCAGGAAGCGGAGUUCUGCUCA